CGACACUCUCUCACAGACCGUGGGGGAGACCGCUUUCUGAAAACAGUUACGAUGUGAUGCGUGUAGGAAAACAACAUCUUUUGACGGGAAAACAAAAUCGUUUCGUCUGACAGAGAAAUCAUGAAGCUCACGCGUGUUCUUGUGAUCUUGGCCCAGUUCGUGUGGCCCCUGUGGACAAGAGUCAUCCACCUCACGGAAAUGUACGGGAGCAUCCAGUCGCCGAACUUUCCCGAGUCGUAUCCGAAAGAGGCCGAUCUUCAGUGGAACGUAACUGUGCCUGACGGAUAUCAAAUACGACUUUAUUUUAUGCACUUUGACAUAGAGCCCUCAUACUUAUGUGAGUACGACUACGUUAGGUUGUACUCGGAAAGCGAGGAGCUGGCUGUGUUUUGUGGUAGAGAGAAAACAGACACAGAACAGGUGCCCGCUGAUGAUGUCAUCACGUCCCCCCGGAGCGUGCUCAGUGUGGCUUUCCGUUCAGACUUCUCCAAUGAGGAGCGCUACUGGGGGUUCGAAGCACACUAUAGUGCAGUUGAUGUUGAUGAGUGCAGAGACAGAAAUGAUGAAGAUCUCGUCUGUGAUCAUUUCUGUCACAACUACAUCGGUGGCUUCUACUGUUCCUGCCGCUAUGGAUACCUGCUUCAUUCUGAUAACAGAACGUGCAAAGUUGAGUGUAAUGAAAGCGUGUUUACGGAGCGGUCCGGAGAGAUCACCAGCGCAGAUUUCCCUAAACCGUACCCCAAAAGUUCAGAGUGCGUGUACCGCAUUGAGCUAGAGGAGGGCUUUCAAAUUACUCUGGAGUUUGAUGACACCUUUGACAUCGAAAGCCACCCUGAGGUCACCUGCCCCUAUGACUCAAUCAACAUUCAGGCUGGAGACAAGGAGUUUGGCCCGUUUUGUGGUGACCGAUCACCAGGAAGAAUCCUGACAGGAAACAACACGGUCAACAUCCUGUUUCACAGUGACAACUCAGGGGAGAAUAUAGGCUGGAAAGUCACCUAUACCUCCACAGGUUCUCAAUGUCCUCCUCCUGCAUCGCCGCUUAAUGGUCAGCUAGAGCCUAUGCAGUCCAAUUACAUAUUCAAAGACCACAUUACAGUGACCUGUGACCCUGGAUACUCACUCAGACAGGGUGAGAAAGAAUUUGAGCAUUAUCAGAUUGACUGCCAGAGAGAUGGAACAUGGAGCAGCGAGACCCCACUGUGUAAAAUGGUCGACUGUGGUCCAGUAGAUUUAGUUCUGGGUGGUGUGGUUUUUGAGAACUCUGAAAACAAAACUCUGUUUGGAUCAAGAAUUCAGUACAGCUGUAACGACUCUCCCCAGAUCAACAACACUUACAUCUGUCAUCAGAGCGGACAGUGGGUGAGUCAAGACGGGACAUCACUGCCCACCUGUUCACCAGGUGAAUAUGAAAGUAUCUCAAGUGCAAAUCCUGAACUCCAGCUUCCCACUCCACUAGCCAGCACUCCAAUCGUGUGUGGUGAACAGUCACAGCUCUUCCCAGCACAUCAGAAGCGAAUUGUCGGUGGGAGAACAGCAUCUCCCGGACUCUUCCCCUGGCAGGUUCUUCUCUCAGUAGAAGAUGCUUCACGUGUGCCGGAGGAUCGCUGGUUUGGCAGCGGAGCUCUCCUCACCCCAUCCUGGGUUCUCACGGCCGCCCACGUCCUGCGUUCUCACCGUCGUGACCUUUCCGUCGUCCCCAUCGCUCCUGAACACAUCCGGGCCCACUUGGGCCUGACGGACGUUCGGGAAAAGCACGCAGCCACCAAUCGUUCUGUAGAGAAGGUCAUCCUUCAUCCACAGUUCGACCCCCAAAAUUAUAAUAAUGACAUUGCGCUUGUGAAACUCAGCCAGGAGGUGGCGCUGUCGGGGGUUGUGCGACCCGUUUGUCUUCCAAAGCCUGGCGCAGAAGGUAAUGCACUGAUGCCUCUGCCCAACACACUGGGUGUGGUCGCAGGUUGGGGUAUCAACACAGCUAACGCUUCAGCAUCCACCAGCGGUUUGUCCUCGGAUUCGGUCUCAGAGCUGCUUCAGUACGUGAAGCUCCCCGUUGUGCCGCAGGACGAAUGUGAAGCCAGUUAUGCUUCACGCUCUGUUAACUAUAAAAUCACCAGCAAUAUGUUCUGCGCAGGAUUUUAUGAAGGCGGUCAGGACACCUGUUUAGGGGACAGCGGGGGGGCCUUUGUGACCCAGGACGCCCGCAGUGGAAGAUGGGUGGCACAAGGACUUGUUUCCUGGAGUGGCCCAGAGGAGUGUGGCAGUCAGAGGGUGUAUGGGGUGUACACCCGGGUGGCAAACUACGUCCACUGGUUGCAUACUGAGAUGAACAUAGAUCGCUGGUGGUGAGGGAGUAGGAGGUACACUGGAGCUGGAGUGAAAAAUAUAUCAUCAUUUACUCACUCUCUUGUCAUUUCAAAACUGUAAGACUUUAUUUUUUCUGCAGAACACAGAAGAAGAUAUUUCGAAGAAUGUCCAUUGACUUGCAUUGGUUUUGUGUCUGCACAAGUCAAUGGGUGCCGCCGUUGUUCAGUUGCCAAUAUUCCAAUAUUUAGUGUUCUGCAGAAGAAAUAAAGAAAUGCAGGUUUGAAAUGACAAGAGGGUGAGUAAAUGAUGACAGAGUUAUCAUUUUUGGGUGGACUAUCACUUUAAUGUAUUUUUUUCUUGUUAGUCUUCUUUUGGUGCAAUGUUUUUAUAAUGGCCCUUUAAAGUCGUUUCUAUUGUCAUUUUUAUCUUUGUUCAAAAGAACAUCUGUCCGGCUAGAAUUACUGCAUGUAGUGCUAAUUCUUCAUUUUGGUAAGACUCAGGACUUUUCUGUAUUUUAUUUCAUCAUGUUAUUAUCUACAGUUUUACUCUAGACGCGGUAUGAUUUGCGCAGGCCGCCUGAAUCAACCUAUCAAACUUAUAUUUUCGAGGCAAGGCAAAGAGGUUUGUACUCACUUCACUUACAUGUGCUCAUUAUCUUCUGUCAUCUAAACAGUGGAUUAUCUGGUUCAGUACUGGUUAAGAGGUUUAACCUACGAAGACAGUGUUUAAUCCAAAUGAUACUAUAUAAGCAACAAUCAUAUCGUGUAUAUGCCUGUUAUAUUCCAAUAACACAGGAUCAUAUUAUAGAUCAUGUACACCACUGAAAGACGUGGAUUUCCUUUAUACUACAUAAAGCCUAUUAGCAAGAUUUCAAAUUGUAAUGUUAUACUAUGAAUCUCACAUUCUUAUUAAAAGCCAUAAAGCAUGUUUAGUUUUAUGUUGUAUUUGCACAUAUAUGAAUGUAUUUUUAAUCAAAUAAAUAUUCGAUCAAUUCUUGCUACAUUAAGGUCCCCUGUGGUGAAAAUCAAGUUUUGAUUGUUUU